GCCUGGGCCCCGCCCUCCGCCCCGCCCUCCCCGGCGGCCGGUCCAGUCCGACCGCAGCGGGCUGGCGCCUGGGGUCCCACUGAAGGGGAAGGCGAGGCCCGACCCCGCGUGGGGCCUGGUCUGCGACGCGGCGGCGGUCGGGAGCCGAAGGCCGGGUCAGAGCAGUCAAAAGCCAAGCCAUGGACCCACCUGGCCGGAAAGAAAAAUCCAAAGUUAAAGAACCUGUCAGCAGAGUGGAGAAGGCUAAGCAGAAAUCUGCCCAGCAGGAGCUGAAGCAAAGACAGAGAGCAGAGAUCUAUGCCCUCAAUAGAGUCAUGACGGAACUGGAGCAGCAGCAGUUUGAUGAGUUCUGUAAGCAGAUGCAGCCUCCUGGGGAAUGAGCCACCCUGUGUUCCAACCAGAGGGACCCUGGAGCCUUCGUCUGUGAGCUGGUUCCCCAUGUUAAGCUGAACUGGCCCCUUGGAGCCUUAUAGAACUAGACGAGAGACAGUGGACACCUCUGAACUUCCUGUAGGGAACUUCCACCUCACUGGAUUCUCCACUCUGAUUGGCCCAGCACUGGCUGAACAGACUUUUCUUGUAAGACAAUAGAUUUUUUUAAAAAAACAUUUUUCUAUUGUUUGAAAAAAAAAAUCACUGUUUCUUGUGAAACUGUACCUUCCCUAAAAAAAUUAAAAUAAAAAAUAAAGUACUUGA